AAACAUAAACACACAUUUCAAAAGAAUUCAAAGCAAACACCCCUCAAUUCUCGGCAUGAAAUUUGAACAAAACCCUAAAACACCCCACUCCAAACCCUAAUUACUCAAUCCCGUUGGGAAACAACACUGCCACCGCUGCUGUAGUGGUGGUAACUCUGCUUGUAUUCUUGUACAUGUAUCUGUACAGUAUAUCACAUCAUUUGUACUACUAGUAUCACUGAAAUGAAGCAGCACGAGUUGUUUAAUUAGACAAAAAUGGCCACAAAUCGCUGCACGGCCGCAUUGAUGCGGAGGAGAACUUGUAUUCUCCUCUCUCGUCUUUGCCCUAAUCAUUUCACUCAUAAUUCUAAUUCUAAUUCUCGUUUAGUCUCGUCUGUUUCGAAAUUUAUCGAUUGCGAUUCAGCACCGCAAGUAAGACCUAGUAGUAGAGUGCCGGGAGCUCAGGGGGGAUUUUUGUUAGCUUCGUUGGUGCCGCGCCCUUCGUUUAUAUUUUUACGCCAGUAUGUUAAGUUGUCGGGUUCAGGUUCUAGUGGAGGGGGAGUUCAAUGUUCUUUGCCUCAUUACUAUUCUUUCAGCCGCGGUUUUCUUACCAGAAGUAAGAAGCUGGAGAGCAUACAAGUUGAAGAUCAUGGGCAGCGAGCGGUCACCACAGCAUUGUGGUGCAAUUUUCUUGUAUUUUCUCUCAAGUUUGGGGUCUGGUUUGUCAGCUCGAGUCAUGUAAUGCUGGCUGAAGUCAUACACUCUGUUGCUGACUUUGCAAACCAGGCACUUCUUGCAUAUGGUUUGAGUAGUUCAAAGCGUGCACCAGAUGCUCUGCACCCAUACGGCUAUUCCAAAGAAAGAUUUGUUUGGUCUUUAAUAUCAGCUGUUGGUAUUUUUUGUCUCGGUUCUGGAGCUACCAUUGUUCAUGGUGUUCAGAACUUGUGGACUUCGCAGCCUCCAGAAAAUAUAAAGUACGCAGCUCUGGUCAUUGCUGGUUCAUUCGUCAUUGAGGGUGCUUCCCUACUUGUGGCUAUACAUGCUGUCAGAAAGGGGGCAGCAGCUGAGGGGAUGAAAGUAAAAGAUUAUGUAUGGCGGGGUCACGAUCCCACGUCUGUUGCAGUAAUGACAGAGGAUGGUGCUGCAGUUACAGGACUUGCUAUAGCAGCUGCAUCAUUGGUUGCUGUAAAAGUCACAGGGAAUCCAAUAUAUGAUCCUAUCGGUUCAAUUGUAGUUGGCAACCUACUAGGGAUGGUGGCUAUAUUUCUCAUCCAGAGAAAUCGUCAUGCCUUGAUUGGUAGAGCUAUUGACGACCAUGAUAUGGAAAGGGUUCUAAAAUUUUUGAAGAAUGACCCGGUUGUCGAUGCUAUAUAUGACUGCAAAAGCGAGGUUAUAGGGCCUGGUUUUUUCAGAUUUAAGGCUGAAAUAGAUUUUAAUGGGGUGGUGCUGGUGCAGAAUUAUUUGAACAGGACCGGUCGUGUAGAGUGGGCCAAACAGUUUCGGCAAGCUGCAAAUGAGAAGGAUGAUGACGAAUUGCUCAAGAUCAUGUCAGGCUAUGGUGAAGAAGUCGUCACAGCUCUCGGGAGCGAAGUUGAUAGACUAGAGAAGGAAAUACAGGAGCUUGUGCCUGGUAUAAGGCACGUUGACAUCGAAGCCCACAAUCCAGUCAUCCCAUCCCCUGAUCCACAAUCCAAGGGUGAAAUAAAUGAUUUAAAAAUGUAUUAAUAUAUAUUAUGUCAUCUGGAAAGCUCCCAAAUGUCACAACCUGAGGUUGACAUAGUGUGGAAAUGUGGGGGGUGGUGGUGGUACGGAUAUUUUGAAAGUCUUGAAAGACUAAACAUUGUGAUGCACAUUGUCAGGUCAGGAACUACGAGUAUGGGACCUGCAUAAUUUUCCGCAGAAGGUGUUUUAGUUGUAUCUAUGUCUGAUCCAUUUUUUUCUAGACUUUGACAGUCUAGUUUAUUGUUGAUAAGUUGAAAAUGUAUUCACCAUUUAAAUUAGCAGUAUUGUGUCUUUAAAUAAUAUACUCACAAAUAAGCAUGUCCUUUUUGGGAUAAAUUGCACAAACAAGGUAUCUUUGGGUCUACAAAGGUUUUUGUA